AUGGAUAACUUUGAAAAGAUCGAUGGUAAUAUGUAUUUUCCCAACGAACAACUUCCACCUUCUGAUGUAUAUGAUUAUAAUACUGUGAUUUACGAUGAUAAUGGGUGUGAAGUUUUCUAUCCUUUGUAUCUACCAGAAUACAAUAGUGAUAUUAUAUACGAAAUGCCUUAUUAUGAAAUCCCAUGCCAGGAGAAACAGGGUGAAAAGGAAAAGGUUAUGAUCGAUACACGUGAAGAGAAAUUGGAGAAGGAAAAUGAAAAGUUACGAAAGAGAAUCGAGAUUCUUGAAAAUGAUAUUGAAAAAAAGGACAAGAAUAAUGAUAAACAGGCUGAUUACAUUGUUACUCUUCGGAAUAAAUUAAAAGACUAUGAAAAUAAAAUUGAUAAACUGAGAAUGACCUUGGACGACGAACGAAGAAAUUUCGGGUUUUUACAAGGAGAAUGUGAUCGUAAAGAACGACUUAUUAAAAGAUUACAAUGGGAAGAGCAUCAACGGGGACUUGGUAAUAAAAAAGUCUAUGAAGAGAAUAUUAAGUUUAAGGAACGAGGAUCUAAUAAUAAAGAAGUCUAUGAAGAGAAUACCAAGUUAAAAGAAGAGAUUUAUUUUCUUAAAGAAACAAUUUCUGGAAUAGAAGAGGGAAACAAGAGAAGAAGAGAAACAGAUUCUUUGGUUUCAGAUUACGGCCAUGAUUACGAGAUAAAUAAUCGUAAGAGAAUUAAAGA